AAGGUGAAAAAAUGAGUUUUGCAAUGAUACUCCAAAGCAACGAACAGACCAGACACACAGAUUUACUGUAAAUACGGAACAAUACCAGAAAACAAAACGGAUCCACAAAGCUUGCGUUUUAAGGUUACUGGAGCUAUACUAUUCAUUACAAUGGAAAAUGCCAAGAAAUCCCUUGAUGUGUUCUCAACCUCCCUGUCAAAAUGCAUUUCAGCCUGUGGAUCUGUGACACAGCAGCUUUUACCACGCUGGCCUCAGCACUCCAGACCCUUUCGGGUCGUCAACUCUGAUCACUCCGUUAAGAAAGGCAUCAUGGUAAAUAACCUGGAAGACCUACGGAACAAGGUGAUGGAUGUAUUCCACAUGCACUGUGUCAGUGCUUUUGUGUUGGAUGAGGAUGGAACUGGAGUGGAUACAGAGGAUUUUUUUCAGACCUUAAAAGAAAACACUGUCAUCAUGGUCUUAGGGGAAGGACAGAAGUGGGCUCCACAGCAGAGACACCUUCCAGGUCAAAAGAAAGUAGAAAGGAAACAUACAACCAAGAGUGAUCCUGGAUGUAGCUGGAAAAAACCAAGAAAAGACGUUGCCAAACUCACUUUCGAUCUUUACAAAAACCACCCACAGGAUUUUAUUGGCUGCCUAAAUGUGCAGGCAACCUUGUAUGGAAUGUACUCUGUUUCAUAUGAUUUGCAGUGCUAUAAGGCAAAGAGAAUGCUAAGGGAAGUCCUAAAAUGGACACUCUUCACUAUGCAGACUACUGGCCAUAUUCUAGUAGGAACUUCAUGUUAUAUUCAGCAUCUUAUUGAUGAGGACGAAAAAACAGAGGCACAGCUAAUAUCGCCUGCAUGUUUCAUCAAGGAGUUACAACAUUAAAUGCUGGUGUUUCAUUGCUUGCGCAAACUAACAAGAGUACACUUCUUGUAGAUCUAAAGCAUAUUUGUGAGUUAUUUACUUCUGUGUAAACAGCAAAAUGUACAUUUAAAUUGUGCACAUCAUUUUAUAUUUUACUCCUAGUGUAUUUCUAUGUAUUUCUUGAUUAAACAUUUCAUGUACACUGCCCUCAAAAAGUUUGGAAACACCCCUGGCAAAGUGUGGUUCUGGACGAUAUCAGAAAUCCUUAUCAUUUUUUGGUGCAAAUACAUUAAAGUAACUUGACAUUAUCAUUGAAGACCAGCAAUGAUAUUUUUUUUAUUUUGAUUACAUAAUAAUGACAAUAUAUACAUGUCAAAGUCAGACAUGCCCCUUUGCCAGCUGUGAUGCCUGGUUACUGGUUUAAACUUGGCCCAGGUUUUUAAAACAUUUUUGGGUCAGCACACCGUAAUAGCUUCAACAAGUGAUUGCCAUUUAAGCUUAGAAUACAAUGAAUUUAGGCCCAGAUUAUGCAGAGCUGUAAUAGCUGCUAAUGGUGGAUAUGUUGAUUAAUUGAAAAUUUAAGUUUUUUCUAUGUAUAAACUGUUUAUAUAAUUAAAUAUGUUUUCAUAGUUUGUGUUGUCCCUUAUCAAUGCAAAAUUAUCACAAAUUAAAAAGGAUUCAUGCCAAUAUUGUCCAAACCCCCACUUUUCUAGGGCAUUUCCAAACUUUUGGAGGGCAGUGUAUUAAAAUUAGAUUUGUCAAAAUGAAUGGCGUUAACACAUACAGUAUACAGUAAGUACUUUUUUUGUUUGUUUGUUUAUUAAUUUAAUGUUUAAUGUUAUUUCAUUUAAUUUUGCCAAAUUAUAAUUUCCAUCCUCACAAAACUGUAAACCCAACUCUUACGUAUACUGUAUUUUUUGUUAUAUUAAAAAAAUUGAUUAAUCUACCACUGCACCUAAACUACAAUAAAUAAAGAUAUUAGCUGCAUUUAAUCAAUUGACAGCCCUAUUAAAAUGGUUCACUUUUUCAAA